AUGGACAUAAUUCCUAUCAUUCAAGUUUCGUUGGCUGGGUUGCGAGUGGCGAAUUUGUACUUUGAGCAAAAGUACAAAGAAGAACACUGGCGAAGAUAUUGGGUUAAACCACAUUUAUAUUCGAAUAUAAGAAAUAUUUACGGUGCUUUUGCUGUUACAUUUGAUUACAUAAAACGAGAAAAUCACGAAGAUUUUUAUGAUUUAUAUAGAAUGACUGAGUGUCAGUUUGAUAAAUGGCACGAGUUGUUGAGAUCAAAUCUUGAGAAAAAUUAUGUAGUGAGAGAACCUUUGUCAUCAGCGCUGAAACUUGCGGUUAUGCUGCAUUAUGUGGCACAGGGAGACAGCGUUCAAACUUUGUCCACAUACUAUUUGAUUGGAAGAUCGACCAUGUAUGAAAUAAUUUCUCAAGUUAGCAAAGCGAUUUGGGACAUUUUAGCAAAAAUAUAUUUGAAAAAUAAAACACCCACAGAAUGGAAAGCAGUUGCCGAUGAAUAUGAAGCUAGAUGGAAAUUUCCCAACUGCAUAGGAGCCCUUGAUGGGAAACAUAUUCGAAUAAUAAAACCACCACAUUCUGCUAGUGCUUUUUUCAAUUAUAAAAAGUUUUUCAGCUUUGUUCUGAUGGCAAUGUGUGAUGCAAAUUACACAUUUACCUGGAUCGACGUUGGAGAUUAUGGAGGUCUGUCAGAUUCGAGCGUAUUUGGUGCAACAGGAUUUGCCCAUGAUCUAGAAAGUGGUCGGUAUCCUCUUCCAGAAGGAAAAAAUUUACCAGGGACCAACCAAUUUCUUCCUUAUUUCAUAAUAGGCGAUGCUGGACUUGGAGUAGAACCAUAUUUGAUGCGACCAUAUAGCCAGAAGUUUAUCAAGAGUUUUCGGGAAGAAAAUUUCAACUUUCGAUUAUCAAGUGCGCGUAUGCCAAUUGAAAUUUCUUUUGGAAUAUUGGUGAGCCGAUUCAGAAUAUUAUCUGGAAUGCUGUCACUAAAAAUGAGCACUUCAAUAAAUAUAGUUAAGUGCUUGGUGUGCCUCCAUAAUUUUCUCAUGACAAUAGAACGUUCCGAAGAAGUUUUUCGAAAAUUUUAUUUGGGUACAAAAAAUCAACGAGACCAUGAUGAUGAUGAUGAUUCAGAAAUUUCAGAAUCUGACGAAAGUGAUGAAGAUGAAGAAGAAAAAGAUGUCGCGUCAUUUCAGAUUUUAAAAAAUAAACAUAAAAUCAGAGAUGCACUUGCAACAUUUUUUUUAAAACGACAAUAA